AUGCUUCUCACACAACCAGCAGCAACUCGAUCAGACGUACCAACCACUUCUCUGCCAAAGAUAACCAAGAAGAGGAGAAGUAACAAAAAGAGCAAGUCCACCGAGUUCGCUUCGUGUUUAUUUUCUUCCUUUCCAUACCACUUCUCCACCAAUGUGAGAAUAUACCAAAAUUCGUCCUCUCCAUCGUCAGCAUGUGACAACCUCAACACAUGCGUUUUUCAAACCAUGGUCCUCCAAGAUAAAUCCAUGAUUGCUGUUUCGAAAAGAACCAAACAAGAUAAAUGCCAACCUUAUGAACAAGUAUUGGAUAUUGUGGUGAAUGAUCCAAUGUCGAAUCAUCCUUCCUUGUUAUCAACGAGUGAUUUCUUUAUCAAGAGUGGGUUUUUAUUUGUCAAACCUCAACAACCUAAGCAUGCAAAGGCAACUUGUAAUACAGUGUCUGAAACUACACAUAAUUCCAAUGAUGACACGAACAAAUCGAUUCAAAGCAUAACUCGCAAGGGUAGAACCUCAAUGUUGUCAAUAAAAGAAUUACUCAAUUAA